AUGGCCACAGAUACCCUGGAUGUGAUCAGUGGGGCCAGGUUUGGAAAGUGUGGCAACCCAGUGUGUCAGGUAAUCGCCGUUGCUGAGGACGAUGACAUUGUCGGCUCUACAAUACUGGGAGCUGAGCAAGAUAUUCCCUUGAGCCCAGGCCCUCGCAUCAUCGAAACAAUCACCGACACAGUUGGACCGCUGAGGGGAACAUUAGGAUAG